UUGAAGUUUUGUAUUCUAUGAAACGAGCAAUCAUAUCUCAAAAUUGUCGUGUACGAUUGUGUGUAGUUUGAAAAAAUAUACAAUAUUUUUAACUUCUCUGAUUUAUUUCUUAUCCAUAAUCCAAUGUUUGCUGUGUACAGACCGUAAAUUUGCCUUAAUUUUGGGAAUUCACCUAUUUAGUACCACUAGUUGAAAUGGAAAACGUAACAUAGAUGAGUAAUAGGGAUGAGCAUCCCCAAAGUAGGGGGAUACCUAACAAAUCUGCUGUUCCAAAUAAAGUUGCCCAGUUUUUCUAUAGCUAUGGACUUUUAGCUAGCAGUUGGCCCUUCUGUAUCUUGGGGAUAGCUGUCACAGCUUUUCUGACCUGUUGCUAUCCUCUACUGAAUUUUCCACUACCUGGUAAUACUCCUAUUCAAGUUCAAGCUACAAAUGUUACCGGUAACAAUCAAUUUCAACCAUUCUGUUAUGUUCAGCAGUUGGUUCUACGUGUGGCUGUUAUGCCAUGGGAAUCCCACCUAACCCUGGGUGACGCCUUUAGGGCGCCACUGUAUGAAUCUUUCAAAUUAUUAGAUGCUGUCAGAAAUUAUGAGGAGGUUUCUAGUUCUCGUUCUUUGGCACAUGUUUGUCUUCAUGUUGAAGCAAUUAAAAGAAUUAAAGCUGUGUAUCAGGACAUAUUGCCCCAAUACAGUUGUUUAGUCUUAUCUCCUGCUAAUAUAUGGCAUCAAGAUGUGGAACAGUUUGCUAAAGAUGAUUCUCUACUUUCAACAAUAUUUAGACAUCAGAAUUUCCAGAGGGGUAAAACUUCUAUUGCAGAAAUGACAUUUGGAAUGCACAUGGUUGAUACUGGAAUAAAAAGAUAUCCAUUUCGGAAUAGACAGAGGGUUAUCCAAUUUGCAGUGACUAUAUUUUUGAAGGAAUAUGAUAAAGUGUUCGUUGAUGGUUUGAGGAAGAAACUGAUAAAGCAAUAUCCCUUACAUCAAAAUGAUUCAAACAUGCCAGACCAAAUUUCCGAUGAAAAUACAAUUUCAAUUCGAUAUCCUGGUGAAAUAACAUACUGGGAAUUCGUUCCUAUAACUAUAGCGUUCAUUCUCCUAUUUCUGUAUUACUACUUUUCAGUGAAGAAAAUUGAAGCAAUAAAGUCAAAGUUGGCUAUGAGUAUAACUGUAGUAGUAACAGUGCUUGGAAGCAUGACAAUGACUUUGGGAAUUUGUUUCUUUUUUGGGCGAACUUUGUCAUUGAAAGGAAAAGAAAUUUUUCCAUAUUUGACAAUCUUGGUAGGCAUUGAGAAUGUUCUAGUUCUCACGAAAAGCAUAGCCUCAACACCAUCUCAUUUGGAUUUUAAGAUCAGAAUAGCCCAAGGGCUUAGCAAAGAAGGUUGGGGUAUAACAAAAAAUCUACUUUUAGAACUUACUAUUCUUACCUUUGGAUUGUCUACGUUUGUCCACACAAUACAAGAAUUCUGUUUAUUUGCUAUUACUAAUUUAGUAACUGAUUUUUUUCUGCAAAUGACUUUUUUCAUGGUUAUAUUAGCUAUUGAUAUCAAAAGAAUGGAGGAUAUGAAUGAAAAGUUCAACACGAAUUUCAGGAGCAGUCUUUUACAGAAUCAUAUCUUCUUCGAUUCGUAUACACCCAAAAAAGUUUUAAAUCGGUCGAAAUCACAUCCAAGACUUUCUAAUUACCCAACAAAUGUGGUAGCCGGACAAGCACAAAAUGUCCAAGAAAAGAAAAUUCCCAAGAGACUUAGAUUAGUUAAUAUCUGGGCUCGAACAAGAUUGUUUCAAAGAUCGUUCAUGAUACUCAUGGCUACUUGGAUUUUGAUAAUUGCUUAUAACAGUGGAAUAGUUGAACAUUAUAUAUUAAAUUAUACCAUGAAAUUAUCCGAUUCAGAAUCGAGCGAACAGAAUAAUGCAUCUGUAUUCGCGAAUUUUAAAUCUCACAAAAUGUUUCCACUUUUGGAUAUAAAUAAAUCCUACUCCGCUUUGAACUACGUCACUCAUAAUCCGCUAAACAUAGAUUCAAAGAAUCACAGUGAAGAUGUGUGUAAGUUGAAGCACUCGGACUACGAGCCUCGGAGUAAACUAUCACCAUUCUACUGGUCAUCGAUAUUGGGAAAAUAUAAUAUUUCUUUGAGUAGGCAAUAUAUCACUAUAUUGCCAACGAUAAAAUUAUCCCACGUUAUCACACCUGAAGAUGCUGUCGUAAUGAGGAAUCCUUACGAGAAAUAUGGAGAAACUUUUCAAUGGCAAGCGUUGGCAGCAGCUUUGGACCCUAUGGAGUUCAGUUCUGAUUCCUCAUCUGGAAGAGCAGUCCCGAUGGAUCAGCCACUUUUCCCAUCAUCACCAAUGGAAAUGUUUCUCACAACUCUACUUUGCAUAGUGAGCACAGUUGUCUUGACCUAUAUUUUUGUUGUGCUGUAUCGUUGCAUAUGUUCUCGAAAUUAUGCAGAAUGGAGAGCUUCUUGGUUCAACAAUGAGAGAGGAGAAGAGUCUGAAAACGAGACGCAAGUACUUUUGGAAGCCAUAACAACUGCAUUGGAAGGUCAUCAGCAAUCGGUUGAAUUGUUAGUUUCCGAUGGAAAUAUAAUUGUAAGCUGCUGCUUGGAAGGCACCAUAAAAGUUUGGGAUAAUAACAGAAGUGAACUGGUUUCAAACAUUGAUAGAUAUAGUUACUUCCAUGCUGAACCAAGGACUAAUUAUAACUAUGAACCUGAAGAACAUGCUUUCUCAGAUUACGAAUCAGGAUCACCUCCAUCAAGAGAUGAAAGUCUUUCCAUGUAUCCGCGCCUCUUGCACAAAAUCAACACAAAUUUUUCCAACAUCAAAUCCGAUCCGCCUUUGGUGCCUUCUGCGAGGUACAAUUUCGAUGAUUCCUAUCAGCAACUUUACAGCAAUCACAGUGGUGGUCCGACAAUAAGGAAUCGGUUAAAAGAUAUCAACUGGCUUAAUGAUAUAGUGCGAAAAGAGAAUAGAAAGUCGGCAUCUUUAGAUAGUGAAACUCAAAGUGCUAGUGGUUCUGAAGAGUGUGUGUUGAUGUUAGAUUCUAAUGAAAGUGUUGAUUUUGAAAAUAAAAAAUUUUCACCAGUUUGGUGUCUGGACUACUUGAACAAUUUGAUUGUGAUAGGCUGUGCUAAUGGAAAUAUGGAGAUUUGGGAUGCGUCAACAGCAAAAUUGAAGUGUAUAUACAAUGAAGAUGUAGAUGGAGUUGGAAUAACUCAUAUAAAACUGAUAGGUUCAAGAGUGAUAGCUGCUAGAUUGUAUGGAAAUAUAGAUUUCUUCAUACUCCAGACUUACAAUCAAGGACGACCAAUAGAUUGGAAUUUCACCGUUGCUUAUAGAAGGACACACAUAAGGACGGGAUCUCAUGGUUCAAUGCCUGACCAUAACAUUGGCGAACAGAGCACUCAAGAUGAGCUACAGUGUGUCAAAUUAAUGACCGUUAGAGCUCAUCAACAACCCAUUUCUUGUAUGGAAUGCGAGGGAGGUAGUAUUCUGACUGGGAGUUUAGAUCAUACUCUGAAACUUUCUAAACUAGAAGAUGGGCGACCGGUAUUCACAUUACAUGGUCAUUGUGGCCCUAUUACCUGUAUGUUCAUUGAUGCCUUGAAGCCCUCAUUGUCUGGAAGUGGAUCUCAAGAUGGAAUGUUAUGUAUAUGGGAUCUUUCAACAGGUACCUGCCUGUAUAGUAUACAGGCUCACAAUGGCUGUAUAACUUCACUUGCUUAUUCUCCAAGUUACGUAAUAUCUUUAGCGACUGAUGACAAAAUGUGUGUGUGGGAAAGAUUUCAAGGGCAUCUUUUAACAACUAUACAAAUAUCGCAAACAUUUUCGUCCCCACUAACGAUGCUUGCACCUCAUUUAGUCGUUACAGCAAGAACUGAUAGUUUGGUCUUAUGGGAUUGUAGAUCGGGACAAUGUGUUAGAACAAUACAGCUUGGAAGAUCGCCAUACGUUAAUAUUAAACAGUUGAUACUUCUAAGAGAUGCCGUCCUUUGUGAUUAUGGAAAUCAAUUGAGAGUUGUUAAAUUCCCGUUGAUAACUCACAAAUUCGAUUGAGAACAGUGAUUCGAUAACUAUGAGUACUAAUGCACAUAAUUGUUAUUAUUCUGAGAUAAAAUGCACAGAAAACUGUUUUGAAUCUGUGAAAAUAAAUUCACUUAGACUAUGAA